AUGAAAAACUGUUUAUCUGGCAAUAUAAAGGAGGUAAUAAGUAAUUUGUUUCUUUUCAGAAAGCGAACGCUGCUGCUAAAUAAUGUGUUUGCCAUUGUGGCUGCAUUGUUGAUGUCCUUCUCACUGCUGGCAGGAAUCUUGGAAAUGUUUAUUUUGGGCCGAUUCAUAAUGGGCAUUGAUGCAGGGGUAUCUCUGAGUGCACUCCCAAUGUAUUUGAGUGAAAUUUCUCCCAAGCAGAUCCGUGGGUCACUAGGACAAAUUACAGCAAUUUUCAUCUGUAUUGGUGUUUUCAGUGGACAGGUUUUGGGGUUACCUGAGAUAUUUGGAAAGGAAUCCCUGUGGCCUUAUCUGUUUGCAAUGAUUAUUGUUCCAUCAACUCUCCAAGUUGGAGUCCUGCCUUUUCUUCCAGAAAGUCCUCGCUUCCUCUUACUUGAAAAAAACGACACAAAAGCAGCAGAAAAAGCAUUUCAGAAAUUCCUUGGAAAAUCUGACGUGUCACAUGAAAUAGAGGAAAUUCAGAAAGAGAGUCGAGUAGAGAGAAACAUUCAAGUAGCAUCUGUAUUUCAACUUUUGCGUGACAACACUAAGCGGUGGCAGAUUCUCACUGUGGUUGUUAUGAUGGCUUGCUAUCAACUUUGUGGCCUUAAUGCUAUUUGGUUCUACACAAAUGACAUUUUCAGGGGAGCUGGCCUAAGUCCUGAAACGAUACCAUAUGUUAUCUUAAGCACAGGAGCUGUGGAGAUCUUGGCUGCUCUUUUCUCAGGUUUAGUGAUUGAAAGAGUUGGGCGCAGACCUCUUUUGAUUGGGGGAUUUGGUUUGAUGGUUUUCUUCUUCGUCAUACUUACUCUGUGUAUGAGUCUACAGGAACAAGCAGUCUGGCUUCGAUAUCUCAGUAUAUUCUGCAUUCUUGCAAUCAUUGCCUCAUUUUGCAUCGGACCAGGUGGAAUUCCAUUUAUCCUCACCGCAGAGCUCUUUCCACAGUCUCAAAGGCCAGCAGCAUUUAUGAUUGCUGGAAUAACCAACUGGCUCUGCAAUUUCAUAGUUGGACUCCUUUUCCCUUUCAUUCAGGAAGGGUUGCAAACAUACUGUUUUCUGGUUUUUGCUGCCAUCUGUCUUGUUGGAGCCACUUUCCUUUUCUGGGUUUUACCAGAAACAAAAAAGAAAACACUUGCUGAAAUCAACCAGGCAUUUGCCAAGAAGAAAAUGCCUCUGGAAACCCAGGAAAUGGGUCAUUUUGAUCCUAAGGGAAAAUCAAGUGAAGUACAAGAAUCCAAUUUUUGUCAUUCAUUGGGAAAUGAAAAAAGCAAAGGUGAUAUGGCCUAAAUUCAAUUUUUAUAUUUUUAAAUUCAAUUUUUACAUAUAUUUUUUUUGCAUUUUAACUAUUUAUUAAUUGUCUUGUGGUUGGAGAGAAAUUGUGACCAGAGUUGAUAAAGAGUCAAAAAAUGACAAACUGC